AUGGCCGAAUCUCCCGUCACAGAACCGGUUCAGGAAACCGAGAUCGAAGUUGAAGGACAAUCGGAGGAGCAGAAUCAACUUGCGCCCGUAAAGAAGACAAAGAAGAUUAUUAGGAAGAAGAAGCGUCCUGCCCGUGUUCAGGUUGAUCGCUCUGAAAUUGGAGCGGAAGCGCCUGCCCAGACUGGUGAUCUGUUCAAUAUUUGGUACAGCAAAUGGUCCGGCGGAGAUCGUGAUGACAAAUUUGGACUGAAUACACAGGCGAAGACGAGAUGCAACCCUGUGAAGGAUAGCGGUUAUACAAAGGCGGAUUCUGUUUCUGGGUCAUACUUCUGCCUUUACUUUGCCAAGGGCACUUGCUGGCGUGGUGUUGACUGCGAAUAUUUACAUCGAAUUCCUACCAUUCAUGAUAUGUUCCCUGUGAAUGUCGAUUGCUUCGGUAGAGACAAGCACUCCGAUUACAAAGAUGACAUGUCUGGUGUAGGCACCUUUCAACGGCAGAAUAGAACUCUCUACGUUGGCCGGAUCAACGUUAAUGAUGCAAUUGAAGAAACCGUUUCGCGCCAUUUUGCCCCGUGGGGAGAGAUUCAAAGACUCCGAGUUUUGACAGGACGCGGCGUUGCCUUCGUGACAUAUGUCAAUGAGGCUAAUACUCAAUUCGCUAUGGAAGCAAUGAAUCGUCAAGCGUUGGAUAAUGAGGAAAUCAUCAAUGUACGAUGGGCAACAGUCGACCCCAACCCGCUAGCACAGAAGCGCGAGGCACGCCAACUGGAAGAACAAGCUGCUGAAGCUGUGCGCCGCGCUCUUCCUGCCGCCUUUGUUGCUGAGAUCGAGGGUAGAGACCCUGAAGCCAAAAAGAGGAAGAAGAUCGAGGGUAGUUUCGGCUUAGACGGAUACGAUGUCCCAGAUGAUGUUUGGCAUUCGCGCACACGACAGCUAGAGUCGGCCCCGGAGGCUUAUCAGCUCGAGGCUCCAGAGCAGACACUGAUGCUCGAGCCCGCGCUCGCAGAUGAGCCUGAAGCCGAGCCGCAGAAUGGAAUCUUCUCUAGUUCAGCUGUUGCUGCGCUUCGUGGACUGGGCGGUAAUGUGACGACACAGGCUGCGCCGAAAGCCUCUGGCGGGCCAUUGGUUGCUUAUGGUAGCGAUGAUGAGAGCGACUAG